CAGAAGAUGAACCAGCAGUCACCAUUGUACAACACUGCGCUUAUUAAUUGCCCAUUUACAGUCAUCAUUUAUGAUAGCAAGAAGAAAAUGCCGGUUUACUUCGGAAGAAUUGUUACACCCAAGCUCGUCGAGAAAGCCACUAAUGUAGGCGAGAGUGUCAAACCUAAGAAAGGGUGGUGUUCGUUGUUGUGA